GCCCGGUGGCGGGCGGCCCAGCCCUGGAGGACCGUGGCGCGGGGCGCGGGCGGGCGGGAGGUCGGGCUCCUCCUCCGACGCGGCCGGACACGAGCGCCGGGCACACCGGUGACCGAGUCAGCUCGGGGCGCUUGGGACGCCGGCCGGCCCCGCCGCAGCCGGGAGCUGCCGGGAUGGUCCCGGCCCUGCCCGACAACCCAUCCACGUCGGAUCCCCACGUGUGCAAGGGGUCCCCCGUGGGGCUCUGCCCUCCGACGCGGGGCGUGGGAUCACCGCGCGGCUCUGCUCCCAUAGCGCUCCGGGAAGGGCUGAACCCUUUCCCGAGGGUGUCCGUGUGUCCGUCCUGAGAGCGCUGUGACCAGGCUGUCUGGACGGGGAGCACCGAUCACGGGGCGUCCGUCCGGGCUGCGAGUCCACCUGCCCGGGGGUCGGCCGACGGGCAGGUGGCGGUAGCGGGGGUCGGGUGCCUCCGGGGGUCCCGGUGGUGUUCCCGGCAGGGUGCGAGUUUCCGCGGGAGCUCGGAGGCGGUGCGGAUCACGGCGAGAGCCGGUGCUGAAGCGGGCUGGGCUGCGGCUCCUACUGCUGGCGGGAUUCCGGUGCCCUCCUGAUCCCGGUGCGGUCCAGGCGCCCGUGCGGGUCGGAGUCCCGGUGCCACUACGUGAGGAUCGGGGUGCCGGUUGGUAUCCUGGUGCCAGUGCGAGUCCGGGUCCCGGUGCCGGUGCCCGCCCCGCCGGUCAGGUGACGGUGGCUGGAAUUUGACACCGGCAGCGACGACGGGAGCGGGAUGGAGCCGCCGCUGCCCCGCACUGCUCGUCCGCCUGACGCCGCCGGCACCGCACCCCGAGACGCAGCGGGAGCGGCACCGGGAGCAGCGGCGGGAGUCGGUGCCGGCGGGGCAGCGCCGGCCCCCGCCAGCGCCCCGCCCCGGCGCAGCGGCGGCGGGCGGCGGGGGGCGGCGGGGAGCGGAGGCGAUGCGGGGCAGCGGCGGCCCGGGGGAUGGUCCCCGCCGCGGGCACGCUAGCAUGGACCAGCGACAGGGGCCACAAGAACGAAGGCCUGCAGGACCCACCACGCACCCGCAGCCCAAGGAGGGGGCACUGUGGGGGUUCUUUGCCAUCCUGUCACUGCUGGCUGGGCUGGCCACAGGCACCCUGCGAACACCACACUGCAACAAGACGCUGGAUGCAGCCCCCACGCCUCGGGGCAUGGCCACUGCCAGCCUGUCUGUGGAGGAUGGUGUGGAGGCACCACUCGCCGCUGCCUGGAGCCAGAUGCAUGGGGACAACACGACAACAGGUAGCCCGGGCACCGCAGAGCUGGCGGACGACCUGCUGCUGCGUGCUGAGCGCUCACCGACAGGCACCAACAGAUCCAAAAAGAGGGGUGAGAAACCCGCACGGAACCCCCGUGGGCGCAACUGCCACAUCCGCAACCUGAUGGUGAAGGUGCGCGACCUGGGCCUGGGCUUCAACUCGGACGAGAUCGUGCUCUUCAAGUACUGCAGCGGGUCCUGCCACCGGGCACGCAGCAACUAUGACCUGACACUGGGCAGCCUGCUGCGGCAGCAGCUCAUCACCCCGGGGCCACAGGAGAGGGUCCUCAGCCACCCCUGCUGCCGACCCACCCGCUAUGAGGCUGUCUCCUUCAUGGAUGUGGAGAACACAUGGCAGACAGUGGAGAAGCUCUCAGCAGCUGAGUGCAGCUGUAUUGGCUGAGGAGGGGGCCGCUGGCUUGGCCCCAGCUCAACACACGCUGACACGCUCCAGCUUGCCACACUCAGUGAGUGGCACUGUUGCCCAGAACAAGGGUCUGGCAGAGGCUGGUGCCCCUGUUAUUAUGUGGCCACAAAGAACCGAGGUGAGGUGGAGUCAUGACUGGGGUGUGGGUGGCCAAGCCUGCUCCUGCUCAGUGCCAAGCAGCUGGUGCCACUGGCUACAUGUGGUCCUGGCCAGGUACCCUGGCUCAGCCCUGGGAGACAAGCUGAAGAGAGUCUGGACCCCAUCGCUCCCCAGGGUCUGUCAGCCCAGUGUCCAUCAGCAGCACUCUUGCACCUGUGCUCCAGGGGCCAAGAAUCACCCAAGCUUCAGAGGGGGAAAACCUCCCUGUCCCCUUGGGCAUCCUGGGGUCAGUGGUGCAGCAAAGGGGUGUCCCUGAGGGCAGGGUUGCAGUGGGGCCAGUUUGCACCAGUGUGGAGGGGGGGGGCCUGCACCCGGACCAGCAGCAGCCCCUAGUACUCCGCAGGGUGUUCGGUCACAGACACCCAUUGGGACCUCCACCCCUGCCUGGUUCCCAGGGUAGUGGCAGGGUCCCCCUGCUGCUCCAUGGUGCUGUGGCACUAAACUAUUUAUUACUCUAAAUUAUUUAUUUAUUGUUCUCGAGCGGCAGCUCCUAUUUAUGACUUUGGGCCCCCGGGGGCCGGGUGUAAUUUAACUCCAGCGCUGCACUGAAGCCCUGGGCAGCGCCCCGUGCUCCCCGCACCCUUUUUCUAUUAUUUGUAAAAUUUGAGGGAUAAACUCUAUUUUUGUACAGUCGCCUUUUCCUGUAGCAAUAAAGCGAUGGGCUGC